GAUCAACAGAUGGACUUCCAGGCAUAUCCUCACAGAUAGGAGCAUGGAAACGAGAUAUUGGUCACUGUCCAUGUUUGCCUUCAUAUUCUAGUUCCACCACAGCUUUGGAAGGAGAGGGUUUGUCAGUACCUGGGCGGCGUUCAGGUUUGAUGAGUGCUGCAGCAUUACAACUUUCAUCUCAACUCGUCCCAGGCACCAACAUCUUUCGAAACUUUCUCUGCCGUGUCGUGGUCCUCUUCGUUUCUACAACCCCGCGUCACGGAGACAAUCAUCGCCAGGUCCUCCUCCUUUUGUUGCGCUAGGCCCCUCACUCCUGGUCACCGGCACCUCGAGGAUUAUAAAACAACUCCCAAUCGAGUUGAAACAGCUUUUCUGGGGCUUCUAGCGUGCCACCACAUUCUGAUCCAAGAUUGCACCAUGUCCAGCGCACUACCCACUGCUCUAGGAGCAACAGCGACGGUGGAACAACCCUCAAUUGUUGUCACGUCGUCUCCGGAUAGUACUGUAGCAGCCACACAUGAGCCUGGCGCAAGCUUGUUGACAGAGACAUGCGCGACGCCUGAGUACACCCUACUUAAUUUGGGGCCAUCGGCUGUUUACGCGGCCUUUGUUGGUUGCGUAAACACCAGGCAAGACUGCUGCCCUUCCCAGCCUCAAUCAUCGGUAGCAAUAGGGUUCAAUGACGUGUAUCCUAAAGCACCGAAUCCCGAACAGGCGGUACUAGAACGCUGCCCCGCCGACUACUAUUCAAUUUCAGCCAGUUGCUGCCCCAACGGUUACACCCCAUGGACGACUGACCUGGGAGGCCAGACACCGUGCUUCAGUGUCCUCCAAGCAGCAAUGACACCACCUCCCAUCACGAAUGCGAAUACGGUGUUAUCCAAUGGGGCUAAGCCGACCGUUGUCGUCUCCGACGUUGUCUAUGCCAUCCAGUACCCCGUUCAAGAGCCCAUUAACAGCUUUCCUGCGGAGGCUAUCGCUGGUACUGUGGCGACCGUUCUUGGACUGCUAGUUCUUGCAGGGCUGGCCUUGUUUAUCCACAAACGGCGGCAAAGGCGGGAGUUUCUCAACCUGGGAAACGAGCUGAACGACCUCUACGGCCCUAAAAGAACUCAGGAACCUUCAAAUACAUCGCGACCAGGAGUACAAGCCAGUGGACCAAGCAGUUUCCAGGACGAUAGGACGCUCUGCGAAGAUAGGGCAUAUUCGCGGAAGUCGAAGGAAUCGGACCGGAGUCAGCCACAACAGUCGCCCUUUGAUGGACACCAAUUCGUGGUCCCGCCCGUCAACCUCCCUGAGCAGAAUGACCUUCAGAAAACGUUGACCCAUGAACAGCAACCGGCGAAGCAGGGACUCAACCAGGGAUUCAAGUUGCGGGUUGACGAGCCCGACCAACAAGCCCCUCAGCAUGAGCAAAAGCGAUCAAAUAUUAAUGCCACCGAACAUGAUCUUACCACCCCUUCGCCGUCCGAACUGGAAAAGCCACAACUACCCGCACUCUCGUGCCAAGAGGAACCGAACGCAGACGACAUAGUCAACACAAGCAACUCCGGGGAUGAUACGUUUGCUUCGACUCACAGCAGCUAUCACUCCGGCCUUCUUCAAGGUCUGACAGUUGAAACUGCCCGUCCAGAGCGCCUCUCACGUGUCUACGCCAAAAUGGUCUACACUUCUGGACAGACCAGUAUCAAAAGAAAACCAGUCAACAACACGGAAGAGCAGAAAGAUGACAGGAAGUCUUCGUCGGGGGAGGAAGCGAAGUGAAUAUCGAUCAUUUCCUUUCAUCUUGGGGAGAACGAAGAGGGAAGGGGGAACGUUGUGGAUCACUGUUUGACCAUUAGGUAUCAGAUGACGCAAGCUCAUAUCUGGCGCAAGU